GACAGGGCCACAGAGGCUUAAACCCCGCUCACUUUCCCCGAAAGUGCCUGAGCUGCUACAGCUGCCACACGGCCGCGUCGGCGAAGAGGGCUAGGGCCGGGAGAUGACGCUGAUUUCCUCCCUGCUUGGCCCUCUGCUAGCACCGACUCCCUUCUCCUCGCGGUCCUGGGGUUGCAGACGUACAGAAAUCUGGUUGGAGUUGGCGGGUGAGAGAAAAUGAAUUCUUUUUCUAAUUUACCUGCAGAGAAUUUAACCGUUGCCGUUAAUAUGACCAAGACUUUGCCUACAACAGUAAUUCAUGGAUUUAAUUCCACCAAUGAUGCACCUUCAAUGGCAAUAACAAGGCUUUUUCCAGCCUUACUAGAAUGCUUUGGCAUAGUCCUUUGUGGCUAUAUAGCAGGAAGGGCCAACAUCAUAACAUCAACACAGGCCAAAGGACUGGGAAAUUUUGUCUCUAGAUUUGCACUUCCAGCUUUAUUAUUUAAAAACAUGGUUAUACUUAAUUUUUCCAAUGUGGAUUGGUCUUUCCUAUAUAGUAUCUUAAUUUCCAAAGCUUCUGUAUUUUUUAUUGUAUGUGUAUUAACCUUAUUGGUUGCCAGUCCUGACAGUCGAUUUAGCAAAGCUGGACUAUUCCCUAUUUUUGCUACACAGAGUAAUGACUUUGCAUUGGGAUACCCUAUAGUUGAAGCUUUAUAUCAAACUACAUACCCAGAAUAUCUGCAGUACAUUUAUUUGGUGGCACCAAUAUCUCUUAUGAUGUUAAACCCUAUAGGGUUUAUCUUCUGUGAAAUCCAGAAGUGGAAAGACACUCAAAGUGCUUCUCAAAACAAAGUAAAAAUUGUGGGACUUGGAUUUCUGCGUGUAUUACAGAACCCAAUAGUAUUUAUGGUCUUCAUUGGCAUUGCUUUCAAUUUUGUUCUUGAUCGAAAGGUGCCUGUAUAUAUAGAAAAUUUUCUUGAUGGACUCGGAAAUUCUUUUUCUGGAUCAGCCCUAUUUUAUCUUGGUCUUACAAUGGUAGGAAAAAUAAAGAAACUGAAGAAGUCAGCAUUUGUUGUACUAAUUCUUCUCAUCACAGCUAAACUCCUGGUGCUGCCACUUCUGUGCAGAGAAAUGGUGGAACUCUUGGACAAGGGUGACAGUGUAGUGAACCAUACAAGUUUAUCGAAUUAUGCAUUUUUGUAUGGUGUCUUUCCUGUAGCACCAGGAGUGGCUAUCUUUGCAACACAGUUCAACAUGGAAGUAGAGAUUGUAACCUCAGGGAUGGUAAUAAGCACAUUUGUGUCUGCUCCGAUCAUGUACGUUUCUGCCUGGUUACUGACCUUUCCCUCCAUGGACCCUAAGCCACUGGCAUAUGCCAUCCAGAAUGUUAGUUUUGAUAUAAGUAUUAUCAGCUUGGUCUCCUUGAUCUGGUCUCUGGCUAUUCUUCUUUUGAGUAAGAAAUAUAAACAGCUUCCUCAUAUGCUUACAACUAACUUACUCAUUGCUCAGUCUAUUGUCUGUGCUGGAAUGAUGGUAUGGAAUUUUGUUAAAGAAAAAAAUUUUGUUGGACAAAUUUUGGUGUUUGUUCUAUUGUACAGCUCCCUCUAUAGCACCUACCUAUGGACAGGUCUUCUAGCAGUUUCCUUGUUUCUUUUGAAAAAGCGAGAGAGGGUACAAAUUCCUGUUGGAAUCAUCGUCAUCUCUGGCUGGGGAAUUCCUGCUGUCCUCGUUGGUGUUCUUUUGAUAACUGGAAAACACAAUGGAGAUAGCAUUGAUUCAGCCUUCUUUUAUGGAAAAGAGCAGAUGAUUACCACUGCAGUCACCCUGUUCUGCAGCAUUCUGAUAGCUGGCAUUUCACUCAUGUGCAUGAACCGUACCACCCAAGCAGGACGCUAUGAAGGUUUUGACCAGUCUCAGAGCCACAAAGCAGUGGAGCCUGGAAACACUGCUUUUGAAGAGAGUCCAGCGCAAAUAAAUGAACCAGAACUUUUUACAAGUUCUAUCCCAGAAACAAGUUGCUGCUCCUGCUCCAUGGGAAAUGGUGAAUUACACUGCCCAUCAACAGAGCCAGUAGCAAACACAAGCACCAGUGGGUCUGUGACUCCUCCGUUUGAGAAAGAUGAUCAUUGUGUGAGUCGCUGUACCUCCCAGAGCUGCAUGUUAGCCCAGGAAGAAGAACAGUAUCUACAGAGUGGAGACCAGCAACUGACUCGACAUGUGUUCCUCUGUUUACUUCUCAUUAUUGGCCUGUUUGCUAAUCUUUCUAGUUGUUUGUGGUGGCUAUUUAAUCAAGAGCCUGGAAGACUGUAUGUUGAGUUACAAUUUUUCUGUGCCGUGUUUAACUUUGGCCAGGGUUUUAUUUCUUUUGGAAUCUUUGGAUUGGACAAACAUUUAAUCAUCCUACCUUUCAAAAGAAGACUUGAAUUCCUAUGGAAGAAUAAAGACACAUCAGGAAAUAGGGAUUCUCCUGUUUCUGAAGAAAUAAAAAUGACCUGUCAACAAUUUAUCCAUUAUCACCGUGACCUCUGUAUCCAAAACAUUGUCAAGAAAAGAAGGUGUGGUGCAAAGACUUCUGCUGGGACCUUCUGUGGCUAUGACCUGGUGAACUGGCUAAUUGAAGUUGGCCUUGCCUCUGACCGUGGUGAAGCUGUGAUAUAUGGAGAUAGACUGGUGCAAGGCGGAGUCAUCCAACAUAUUACCAACGAAUAUGAAUUUCGGGAUGAGUACUUGUUUUACAGAUUUCUUCAGAAGAAUCCUGAACAGAGUCCUCCUGCUAUUAAUGCAAACACCCCCCAACAGGAAAGAUAUAAAGAAAUUGAACAUUCAUCCCCCUCCUCGCUUUUCCCUAAGACCUAAAUUAUGAAGGGGAGAACCCCAUAUGGAAUCAUGUUCUAGUCCCAGAUGUGUUACAUUUUAGCUGUGUGACGUUAGGCAAGUUACAACCUAAGCCUCAGUUGCCUGUUCUACAAAAUUUGACAAGAUGCAUUCCCACCCCAUGCUACGGGUCUGGGAUUUUAUGUGUAUGUAAAACACAUAGGAAACCAACUUAGGAAAAAGAGAAAACCAAAUCAAAAUUUGAAGUUCUGAUAAUGAAUAUAAUAAUUACUGUAAAUAAUACUAAUGUGCCAACAUUUUAAAAUCAUUGCUUUCUGCAUCUGUUUGCUAUAAUUUCAAAAUCAACAUCUGAUUAACUCUUCCUUUAAAUUACCAGUUGCUGGCAGGAAGUGGGCCUUAAAUUAAGAUAACUUUACAUUUACUGAUAGUACCUCCUAAAAAAGAAUGUUAAUGGUUCUAAUAAGAGGUUAUUAUUCUUUUUAUUUUUUCCAUUUCCUUGACAAGUAGUACUCAUUUAAAAACCAGAAGCAUUAUUUUUUUAAGGUUUGUCUUUUCUUGCUUUGCUAUCCAAAGUACUAGUAAGCACCAUUAGGAAGGGAAUAAAAACCUCCAUAAAUAUUAUCUCCACAGUCCUUCAACAGAAAUAUAAUCUGAUCUUUAACUUUUGUACUACAAAUAAUAAUUUGGGCGGAUUCAUUUAAAUUUUAUCAACAAAACUAUUGCCAUGUGAUGUAUUGUUUCUGGUAUUUGCACACAGCAUCACCAUGCAGAAGGAUAACCCUUCUAUUUUAUUCUCUGAAGUUAAAACAAAAACAAAAAACAAAAACCACUAUAUAGUUGAAGCCAACAUUUUAAAAUCUAAACGUAGCAUCUGAUUGUUACAUUUAGAAUUCUUAUUAAACGUCCAUGUAUAAAAAUCUAUAAAUUUUUAAAUUACUAAAUGUUGCCCUCUCUCUUAGUCCAUUUAGGCUGCUAUAACAAAAUACCAUAAACUGGAUAGCUUAUAAAAACAAAACAACAGAAACUUAUUUCUCACAGUUCUGGAGGCUGGGAAGUCCAGGAUUAAGGCACCAGUAGAUUAGAUAAGGGACUGAUUUCUGGUUCAUAGAUGUUACCUUCUUGCUGUGGCCUCCCAUGGUGGAAGGAAAGAACUGUAGUCUGUUCAGCCCCUUAUAAGGACACUAAUCCCAUUUAUGAGGGCUCCACGUUCAUGACCUAGUCACCUCCCAAAGACCCCCCAUCUCCUAAUACUGUCACAUCAGGGAUUAGAUUUCAACAUGAAUUUUGGAGGGACACAAAACAUUUAGACCAUAGCACCCUCAGAUAAGCUCUAUUUUGAGUAAAUUAAAAAGAGAUCUAUUCACCUUACCUUUGAACAUCUACUUAAUUAUUAGGUGUCAGUGCUGCUUUAACUAAUUUAAAACAUGUUUCAAAUAUUUAAUUAUCUCAUACUUUUAGUAUCUCAUAUAUAAGAGCCAUUUAGAAAUUAAUUUAUAGGGUUAAUAUCAUUGUCCUUUUAAUGCAACAAAUAUAUGAGAAUAAUUUUUAAAAACUUGCAUGGAAGCCUAGUGUAUUUAACAAGUAAAUUAUACUUUAUAGUAGAAUUAACUUAUAUCAAUUUUAAAUUAUGACUAGGGAAUGGGGAUGUUUUUAAGCAGAAGUGGCUUGCUACAGAACCUUUCUUUUUAAUAUGACAAUAUUAUAACUUUCUGAAUGCUCAGGAGGAGGUGUAAAGCCUCAUUGCUGUACUUGGAGACUUUUAUAGUUACAGUAAUAGAGAUAUUAAUUCACAUGCAUGCAGGCAACUCAAACACAAGUGGAGAAUUUGUUUUGUUUGUGAACAAGUCAUAUUACAUAUGUUUUGUUAUUUGCACAAAUGGAAUGUGCAAUAUCUUUUUCCAUGGGACACGCUAAAAGAAAACCCCAGAUCAGAAUGAUAUGCAGUUUCAGAUAAUAAAGGCUUUUAAGAGACGUUUUUAGAAUUAAGGAUAUGCUAAUUUUAUUAUAUAAAAAUAUUUGUAACUGUUACUUUCUCACUGACAAA